AUGUCCUGUGAGAAAGGUUAUAGUGACAAUUUGGUGUCUCUAAGAAGAGAUGUGAUAGGAGAGGUAAUGAGUGUUUACAAAGAUUCCUGUCCCAGUCUAGAGGUAAAAGAGUUAGUUAUUGAUCCUAAAGAACUAGCCUAUCCUGUGAAUACACCAAGAGAAAGGACAGUGUAUAGUGUAAAAGUUGUGAUGUCUGCUAUUGUCAAGAGAGAAGAGUUUUUAGUAAAUGCUACUGGUACUAGACGUACAAGAUUGAAGGAGAUCCUAACUGAUGAAUCAUUAUCAGAUAUUAGUAACCUGUCACUAUUAGGAGGACAGGAUAUUAAGGAAGUGAUUGAAGUAACUGAAGAAUUCAAGACACCAUUGACUCCAAUAAACCUAGAUAUUAAUGAUCUUGAUAUUGUCAUUAAAGAAUUAACAUCAGAUCAACACUUGCCCUGUGCUGUAUGGCGUAGACUAGGUCUACAGUUAGGAUUAUAUGAUCCUAGACUAGUGGAUAUAGACACUGACUGUAGAGGACAAUCAGAGCAUUGCUUUCAUGCUUGUAUGUCUGCCUGGUUAAGAGGAGAUGAUAAAGUGAGAGAGAAAGGAGGUCCCAGUUGGUCAUCAUUAGCUACAGCACUGGAUACAAUAGAAGAGAAGCCUGUUGCUAGUUACAUUAGAGAUAAAUAUUGUUAAUAAUUAGUUAGUGGAUGAUUGUCUAUAGUAUUUCAUUUUGUUCUGUUUAUUAUUAUUUUUGCUGAUACUUACUGUUUCAUUUAUUAAUUAGUUGAGUUGUAAAAGCUGAGCUGUCAUCAUGUACUAAUUUCCCUAUCUCUAUAA